UCAGCAAACACGCAAUAACUGUAAGAUAACAUGAGAAAAGUCUCACACUAAUCGACGUGGCACCAAUUGGCCCGGGCCUUGAAGAAUUUAAAGUGUUCUGCUCUUUUUCAAGUCGAAUUUAAGUUCGAUUAAGUGCGAUCAACGCAUUAUCAGACACAAAGAAAGUAUACUGCGCCACAUCACACCGGACCGUUGAUGCAGUUGUAAAUCCCUCCAACUGGAAGCCUUGGGAAGAUGCCUUGUGAGACGAGAACGCUUUAAACAGUAAAGAAACACUCCUGAACAACGCAUAGCCGUGAUCUCUGACUGUAAAAAUUUGUGCUACUUUUUAAGGUUGACACCUGUGCCCUGCAUUCCCACAGACAGUUGGAACACGUGGAUUAGUAAGGUCGCCGCCUUCUUGAAUUUCGGAAAAAAGAGGCAAACAACCAUGCGGCCCUAUCUACCGCUGAUUGCCAUUGCGAUCUGCAUAUUGGGCAUGGUCUUGAGCGUUCAGGCGGGAAGUGGCAGCAGGCCGGCCGUUUACAAAAACUGGCCCGAGUGCACGAGGGAUACUGAGUUCGUGUUGGUCGUGAAGAAGUCGGAACGCGAGGCUGGAGUGAGGUACCACGAGCGCCAUGUGACCAGAAAGAAAGGCCGAACCGUAAAGUACUACGAGUGCAUGCCCUGCACGAGGUGCGCUCCAGGUGUUCACGAGGAGAAGCCCUGCUCGGUGCACGCUGAUACGGCCUGCUCGGCCACAGAGUGCACCGUGUCUGGCUGCAUCUUGGACGCAAACCUCCACGCCUGCCGGCUGCCCGGAGACCCCAAUGACUUCUCUGAUAUGUCGGCCAUGAUGGAUCCUUGCGACCCGACUAAGAUCAAGUCCACAACGACAGUGGAACCCAGCAGCAGAUCACCUCGGCCUGGUGUGAAACAGCUGGUGAAGAAAGACUCCAAUACCUCCCUGUCCAAAGGAGACCAACGAGACGCUCCCCCGGAUGAGCGCGCCGAGUCACCCGCACCCUUAAUGGAUGGACCAACGGUAGGGAAAAUCGGGAUAAUACUGGCCGUUUCGAUCGUAUGUGUCGUUCUCGUAACAGCGAUAGCAGUAACUGCUGUCGUGUACGCAUCUAAGAGGAGAAAUGGGUGUAGUUGUAAUAGCCCCAGAGGGCGAUCAGGAACUCCCGUCUAGGAAUGAGAUUGAGUUCAAGAUUACCAUACACUGUCGUUGUGACAGUGGUUUGAUUAGGGCAUCUUUCAAUUGGGAAAUUUUUGAGACGCUUGGUGGCCCGGCCGGGAGUCGUUUUAAACGUGCUCACACUGGCUCCAUCGGACCACUCAUGUGCGCGGGACCGGUUUUCUAGCAUCAAGCGUCUCCCAAGUCUCCCAAUGGUUUCCUGAUUAUGCCGCACUGAUUUCCGCAUUCCCUAACAAAAUUCGAAAAUAAAAUAAACAAAUAAUGGGGGAGGGGCCAGACAGGGGUGCAGAAUGGACAGGGUGUAGUUACUUUUCACAAUUAUUUCAUUUCAUGGAUCUACUUUGGGGAAAGUAUCGUGAUUAAUUGAGUUGUGCUUUUUUUUGCUUUGAGAUAAUUGGCUCUUUUGGGGGCCAAAAUUUCAUGAUCUAGAAAAUAACCCUUUCGCUCUGCAUUUUGAUAAAGGACGGGAUUUAGCUGUCAUCUUUGUCGCAGAUGUCCACACGAGACGACCGAUUUGCCUAUGAAUUGAGCGAUGUUUAAAUACUUUGAAAAAGAAAUUGUAAAUAUUGUUCACUUUGUAUUAUGCAGAUCGGCCUCUAUACUUAUUGCAUAAAGUUCAUUUGUUCUACUGUUAUUUUGUAUAAAUGCAUUAUACAUACGGUAUACAGAGCCAGCAUUUUGUUUGCACUGGGUAACGAACAGAGCAUGAAAUUUACCAGGGUUGGAGCACAGGAAAAAUUGGGAAAAAGUGUUCCUUUUUCAUACAACUAGGCCUAGCUGGUGCUGGAUAAAGGACAAAAAGAUAUGACAAAAAACCUAUUCGUGCAUUUCACAUUUUCUGCUCUGUGGAGCCGGAGAAAGUAGUGCAUAGGGCAUUAAUACGGCCGUUUCACAGAAGCGCGCCUCCAAGAGUUUGCAACGCGUUGGCCAAUCACAGUGCGCGAAAUCUG